CUAAAUUUUAAACGUCCCUUUUGAUUUGCCUAUAAAUACACGUGCCUCCACACUUCUCCAAUUAAAAAAAAACAAAGCAACACAAGGACAAAAAAUUCACAAACAUCAAACAUUCUCCACCUACUGCCCAAAAACGACAGCAUUCCUUUUCCAGCAACAAAGAAAAAACACAUUUCCUUGCCAAUGGCCCGUUGUACCAACCUUGUUACCGUUUUCCUAUUAUGGGCUCUUUUGAUGUUCUCAUGGUGUAAAGCUUCAAGAAUCAGCCCUAAUGUAUAUGACCAUUCUUAUAAAAGGUUCAAAUCCGAUAGCUUAAUCAAGCGAAGAGAGGACAUCACGGGAUUGAGAAGUUUUGUAAGAGCCUCUUUGCGGACUCCAACCACCGUUAGUGUUUCUGAUUUUGGAGCUAAAGGAGAUGGAAAAACCGAUGACACGCAGGCGUUCGUGAAUGCGUGGAAGAAAGCAUGUUCUUCAAAUGGAGCUGUUAAUCUCCUAGUUCCUAAAGGGAAUACUUAUCUCCUUAAGUCUAUUCAAUUAACUGGUCCAUGCAAUUCUAUUCUCACCGUUCAGAUAUUCGGAACGUUAUCCGCAUCUCAAAAACGAUCGGAUUACAAAGAUAUCAGCAAAUGGAUAAUGUUUGAUGGCGUUAACAAUCUAUCAGUCGAUGGAGGCGACACUGGGGUUGUGGACGGAAACGGCGAAACGUGGUGGCAAAACUCAUGCAAACGGAACAAAGCUAAGCCAUGCACAAAAGCCCCAACGGCUCUUACUUUUUACAACUCGAAAAGUCUGAUAGUGAAGAAUCUGAAGGUGAGAAAUGCACAGCAGAUCCAGAUUUCGAUUGAAAAAUGCUCCAACGUUCAGGUCUCUAAUGUCGUGGUAACUGCGCCUGCGGAUAGUCCUAACACCGAUGGUAUUCAUAUCACUAACACCCAAAACAUUCGAGUCUCCGAAUCCAUCAUUGGAACAGGCGAUGAUUGCAUAUCUAUUGAAAGUGGAUCACAAAAUGUUCAAAUCAAUGAUAUAACUUGCGGUCCCGGUCACGGUAUCAGUAUUGGGAGCCUUGGAGAUGACAAUUCAAAGGCUUUUGUCUCAGGCGUGACUGUGGAUGGUGCUAAGCUUUCCGGUACAGACAAUGGAGUAAGAAUCAAAACUUACCAGGGAGGGUCAGGAACUGCUAGCAAUAUUAUAUUUCAAAACAUUCAGAUGGAUAAUGUUAAGAAUCCGAUCAUAAUCGACCAAGACUACUGCGACAAGAGCAAAUGCACUACAGAGAAAUCCGCGGUCCAAGUGAAGAACGUGGUGUACCGGGACAUAAGUGGCACUAGCGCAUCGGAAAACGCAAUAACGUUUAACUGCAGCAAGAACUAUCCAUGCCAAGGAAUUGUGCUUGACAGAGUGAACAUUAAAGGAGGAAAAGCAACUUGCACCAAUGCUAAUGUGGUUGAUAAAGGAGCUGUUCUGCCUCAGUGCAACUCCACUUAGUUACUUAGAUCGCUUAGAUCUAUCAAACACAUACAUAUAGAUAUAUAAAUACAGAUAGAUCGAUUACAAAAUAUACUAAAUAUACUUGUGGAUAUAUAUAUACAUGGACAAUAAAUAACAGAUAUUGUCUAACUAUGAAUUAUAGGAUUAUAGUAUAGGAAUACAUGUAUAAACAAUGUUCUUGAGAUUUGUUGUUUUAUUUGUAUUCUUACAUACUAAAUUGUUUAUCUAAAGUUAUAUGAAUAAAGGGAUACAUUCUUUAU